AUGGCGACGCCGCCUGCCGAGGCUCCCUCCAUUCACAAGGAGGAGAAGCCUCAACUGCCGCCGUCGCCAAAUGGAAUUUCCUCUCCCGAUAUUGUCACAAGCGCGCAAGCUCAUCCAGUGACUGAUUCCAAGCCCGACGUCCCCAACGGUCCGACUGAGAAUGGUGUCGCCAAUUUCGCCACAACGAACGGCGCCAACUCCGAGUCUUCCACUCAGCCCGCUACUGAUACAGCUGCCCGGCCAGUCGCUCCCCAAGCAACUCCUCCAGCCGAAGACGCAAAACCUUCGAAUAUGGAACAGACAACAGAUGAGACCAAGAAGGAGCCUGCUGAGGAGAAACCUGUCAUCGAACAGCCCGCUUCUCAAGAUUCAUCUAAUAAUGUUGGCGCGGACAGCACGGCCCCGAAGGAAAUUCCAGCACCACGAGAUGCUCCAAAGCCUGCCGCGGAGCCUUCGUCGGAAGUCAAAGUGGAAGAUAACCCACAGACACCCCAAAACCAGCAGGAUUCGACCAUAGUAAAGGCUGAACUUCCUCAUCACCCUUCGGUCGAUACCAAGCUGGACAGUGCGCCUAGCCAGGAUGUCACUAGCAACCAACCACAGACCAACGAUCAAGAGAUGCGGGACGCACCGGAACCCCCAGCUUCUCCGACCAAGAUUUCCAGGGAACGUGAACCGGAAAACGGUGAUGAACCAGCUGCGAAGCGUACAAAGAUUGACUUUGAAGGUGCAGCACCAGCACCGGCUCCCGCUCCCGCUUCGACUGAUACAGGUGCCGCGAACUUGCCUACGCCUGCCACAGAUGUCUCUGCCGCGCCGCCAGCCAACGAAAACAGGACCAUGACCAAGAUGCAACACAAGUUUCUCUUGAAAGGAAUCCAGAGUUUAAAGCGUAUGAACGAUGCGCGAUUCUACCGGGAGCCUGUUGAUCCGAUCAAAAUGAACAUUCCUCACUACCCUCAAUUCAUUACACGCCCUAUGGACCUCGGGACCAUUGAGCGCAAAUUGAAGGCCAAUGAGUAUCCCACCGCACAGAACGUCAUUGACGACUUCUACCUGAUGGUCCAGAACGCAAUGACCUUCAACGGUCCUGAUCACUUGGUUGCCCAAGAAGGUCAGAAGCUCAAGGCCACUUUUGAUAAGCAAAUGGUCAACCUCCCUCGGCCGGACCAGGUCGAAGAGAAGAAGUCCAAGAAGGGAUCUCCCAAGACCACAGCUGCUCGACCGCAGGCACGCGCCAGUCAGUCUGGUCCCCGUGCGGCCGGGUCCCCCCAAGCCACGACUUUUGCUCUGGGCCCUGAAGGGCUGCCUCUUAUUCGCCGCGACUCGACCACUGCCGAUGGACGUCCUAAGCGCUCCAUCCAUCCCCCCAAACGGGACCUUCCUUACUCUACAAAGCCUAAAAAGAAGAAGUUCCAGUGGGAAUUGAGAUUCUGUCAAGAAGUUCUCGAUGAACUCUACAAAACUAAGCACUACAAUUACGCCAUGCCUUUCUACUACCCGGUUGACCCUGUCGCGCUCAAUAUUCCGACUUAUCACAGCAUCAUUAAGAAGCCGAUGGAUCUCGGAACCAUGUCGAAUAAGCUCAAGGCUGGUGAAUAUGAAAAUGCGAAGGAUUUCGAAACCGAUAUGCGUCAGAUCUUCAAGAACUGCUUCAAGUUCAACAUUCCUGGCGACCCAACUUUCAUGGCCGGAAAAACACUUGAGGAGGUCUUCAACAGCAAGUGGGCACAGAAGAACCGCUAUCUUGAAGCUCAUGAGCCCCAGCACGAGCAACAGAGUCUCGACUCUUCCGACGAGGACAGUGAUGAAGAUGUGGAAGAAAGUGAUGAAGACACCGAAAAGCUCACCCUGCUGCAGAAGCAAAUUGCAGAGAUGUCCCGUCAGGUUGAAGCGAUUACCCAGAAGAAAAAGAAGACGCCGCCUGGAUCGAAGAAGGUUGGCAAGUCAAAGUCAGUUGGCAAGAAGGAUUCGAAGAAGAGCGGGUCCAUCUCCAUUGGCAAGAAGGACAAAAAGACCUCCAAGUCCAAGCCUGAGAAGCAGCGUUUCGUCACCUACCAUGAGAAGCAGCUCAUCUCCAAUGGCAUCAGUAGCCUUCCCGACAAGAAAAUGCAGGAAGCUCUUAAGAUCAUUCAAAGCAACGUUCCGGCUCUCAAGGGCACCCAAGAGACUGAGAUCGAGCUGGAUAUUGAUGAGCUCCCCAAUGAUGUCCUACUGAUGCUGCUCAAGUUCGUUAGGAAGAACGCUCCGCAUGUCAUGGAAGAUGACGACGAGCCCGCGCCCGUUGUUUCGAACAACUCUGCCGCCCCGAAGCCCAAGAAGAAUAAGCCGAUGAGCAAGUACGAACAAGAAGCCCAAAUUAACAUGCUUGCCAACAACCUGUCGCGCUUUGAGGGUGGCGGCGGUCAGUCGCCGGACCCGGUUCCUUCUGUCGAACCGAACGAGAGUAGUGAUGAUUCAGAUGAUGAUUCCGAAGAGAGCGAGGAAGAAUAA